AUGCGUCUCACCCUGGCAGUAGCCGCCUCGGCCGGCCUCGCCGCCGCUGGCGCCAUCCCGCAUCAUGCCGAGUCCAAGACUUGUGCGAAUGAGCUCUGGACAGGCGAGGUCCUGCACCUCUCGCUCAAUAUCAUCGAGCACCCCAUCAUCGUCGACGUCGAGCUGCACCACAACGCUGUCGUGACCGUCGACAAGACUAUCCUUAUUGAAUGCACCGAUGCUCCCACUCGUUUGUACACCACGGUCACUGCCACCAGCACGGCCACCGUCACCAAGACCAUUUCUACUGCGACUAUCUCCACUGCCACUGGCCUUCCUACCCAGACUUCCACUCAGUCCAUAACUGCCCCCGAUACCAUCAACAAGGGCGUCCAGACUGAGAUUGACGGCCAGUCUGUGACAUCGACCCGCCCUGCCACCACCACUAUCACUGCCUCCGGCGCAUCCGGUGCAUCCGGCUCCGCCUCCAUCCCCAGCACUGAAACCGGCCUCGUCGCCGGUGGCUCCGCCGUCGGCACAGGCGUCAACACCGACCUCUACACCAUCAAGCCCACCUACACCUCCGGCCGCCCCUUCAAGGCCAACGGCGUGAACCUAGGCGGCUGGCUCGAGCAGGAAAAGGUCUUCAACCAGUACUGGUGGGACCAGUAUGCCCCGGACGCCGAAGACGAAUGGACCUUCUGCGAGACACUCGGCUCCAACUGCGGCCCCGUCCUGGAAGAGCGCUACGCCUCCUUCGUAACAACCGCCGACAUCGACCGCCUCGCCGCGGUGGGCAUCAACACCCUCCGCAUCCCAACCACCUACGCCGCCUGGAUCAAGGUGCCCGGCUCACAGCUCUACAGCGGAAACCAAAAGGCGCACCUCCGCAGAAUCGCCCUCUACGCAAUCGAGACCUACAACAUGCGCAUCAUCGUCGGCCUGCACUCUCUCCCGGGCGGCGUGAAUAACCUCGACAUCGGCGAGAAGGUCGGCAACGACGGGUGGUUCUUCAACAGCACGAACCUGGCAUACUCGUACGCCGCCGUCGACGAGAUCCUCUCUUUCUUCGUGGACUCCGGAUACCCCUGGGCCUUCACAAUCUCCCACCUCAACGAAGCCUCCGAUAACCCCUCCGCCUUCGCAAGCCCCAACACCCUCACAGCCAACGGCACCGCCUGGAUCGUGCGGUACACCCAGGGCGUGCUUGCACGCAUUGCAAAGGUCGACUCCCGCAUCCCCCUGAUGCUGCAGGAUUGCUUCCUCUCCGAAGAACACUGGUCCCCCUAUUUCCCCUCUGGCACGAACAUCGUCAUCGACCAGCACGUGUACUACUUCGCCGCAUCCGGCGUGUACAGCCAGUGGGCGAACGGGGCGAUCUGCGGCCAAGCGUCCGUUCUGCCUGGCGAUGGGAAGUUCCCCGUUUUCGUGGGCGAGUGGGCCCUGCAGACGCUGUACUCCAAUGCCUACGACCGCCGCCAGGAGCUCUUUGAGACGCAGCGCUAUGCUUGGACGAAGUAUGUUGCCGGCGGGGCGUUCUGGAAUAUCAAGCAUAAUUCUAGCGCGGUUGUGGAUGGGCAGGGCACGCAGAGGGAUUACUGGUCUUUUGAGAAUUUGCUGGAUGCCGGCGUUGUUAGGAUGCCUGUUGCUAAUGCGACGUACUGCUAG